AUCUUAUAUUUUCUAAUGAUAAGUGGAAUUAAAUUUAUACAUGGUUGGGAUUAUACGAAUGUCGAUGAAUGGAAAAAAGAAUUUCCCCAGAGUUGUGCUGGCUCUAAACAAUCACCAAUCAACAUAAUUUUAAACAAUACAAAACUAGCAUAUACAACUGGACUAGAGUGGAAAAAUUAUGAUUUCACUCCAGCUGAAAUGAGACUCACCAAUAAUGGUCAUACAAUUCAACUACAGGCAAAGUGGUAUUAUUAUGAUGCAUAUGUAACAUCAGGACCUCUUGGCUUGAAUGAUUAUAUUUUUGAACAGUUACAUUUUCAUUGGGGUCAAAAAGAUAAUGAAGGUAGUGAACAUACAAUUAAUGGAAAACGAUGUGAAUUAGAAAUUCAUAUGGUACAUUGGAAAAGAGAUUAUGGCUCAAUCGAAAAUGCAGUUAAUUAUUCAGAUGGAUUGGUGGUUAUUGCUUCUUUUUAUACUGUAUUAUUAAAUAGAAAAUCUCAAGUUUUAGAAAAUAUAUUAGAUGCUAUUUCAUCGGUUCAAAAUGUCAAUGGAACGACAAAAAUUGAACCAUUUCCACUGUCGGAUUUUAAAGUUGCUGAUAAUUACGAUGAUUUUAUUUCUUAUUCUGGAUCUUUGACAACACCAAAAUGUAAUGAGGUUGUUACAUGGAUUAUUUUAUUGACUCCUUUUUCAAUAUCUAAAAAACAGAUUGCCAAGUUCAGGUCAAUAAAAUUAAAUCAUGGAUCUAAGUACAAUUAUCGUUCAACACAACCAUUGAAUGACCGAAAAAUACGUGUAUAUCGUGAUUUUGGGCAUGCAUUUGCUUCUGAUAUUUAUUCGUCGAUUGUAUGUAUUUUAACAAUUUCUAAUGGAUCACCCAUUCCCCAAAGUCACGAAUGGAAUUAUGGUAAUACCAGAAAUUGGGAGGUGGAAUAUACAGAAAACUGCAAUGGUUUAAAACAAUCACCUAUUGACAUAUCGUCACCAAGUCGACUGAUAAAGACAACAAGAAGCCCCCUUGAAAUAACUUGGGAAAAUUACGAAAAACUACCGAUCGAAAUAAUUGCUCAAAACAAUGGACAUACAAGAAGUGAACAUACAGUCAAUAAAAAAAGAUAUUCAUUGGAAAUGCACAUGGUUCAUUGGAAUAAAAAUUAUGGUUCAUUGAACGAAGCUAUAAAUCAUAAAGAUGGAUUAAUUGUUGUUGCAUCUUUUUACCAAGUAAAGGAAAAUUCUCAUUCAAUUGGUCUAGCAAAUAUUAUUGACGUUGCUAAAAAGCUCACGAAGGUAAACACGAUAGAAAAAAUAACAAAACCAUUUCCUUUGUCAAACUUGGAAGUUGUUAAAAGUACUGGUGAUUGGGUAACAUAUGAAGGAUCAUUAACAACACCAAGCUGCAAUGAAGCUGUGACAUGGAUGGUAUCAUUGAAUGAAAAUUCAUUAUCAAAAAGACAGAAAAUUAUUUUUCAACUAAUAACCAGUAGUUUUAAAUUAAACAUGUAUAAAUCAUUGAAAAUUAAUUUGGCAUUUUACUUGGGUUUAAUUUUAAUGACAAAUGAACUUAAGGUCACAUAUGGUUCAGGCUGGGACUAUAAACAUCCCGAUGAGUGGAAAGAGAUGUUUCCUAAUGACUGUGCAGGUUCCAGACAAUCACCAAUUGAUAUAUCAUUUGGUAGUGAUGUGAUCACACGAGGUCCCCUGCGAUUAGAAUGGAAUAAUUACCGUAAUAAACCAAAAAACAUGACAAUUACAAAUAACGGUCAUUCAGUUCAAUUAGAUGUUCAAUGGGGUAAUAGUAAAGAUGUUCCAUUUGUAACAUCCGAAUUAUUUCAUAACAAUGAAUAUGUAUUUUCUCAGUUACAUUUUCAUUGGGGUGCUCAUAAUACUGAAGGAAGUGAACACACAUUCAACGGACAUGGAUUACCCUUGGAAUUGCACAUGGUACAUUUUAAACGUGAAUAUGGUUCACUUGGAAAUGCAUCAAGUUAUCCAGAUGGUAUUGUAGUUGUUGGUUCUUUUUACAAUGUGUCGAAUGUUAAGUCAGUUGCAGUUCAAGAUAUAUUAGACGCUGCUGAAAAAGUUGAGGAAGAAGGAAGUUCUUGGCAAAUUGAGAAUUUUUUAUUGUCUGAUUUUGAAGUUGUUAAUGAUAAAACAAGUUGGAUAUCGUACAAUGGAUCACUGACAACGCCACAAUGUCUCGAGGUCGUCACCUGGCUUUUGUCAUUGGAUCCAUAUGACGUAACUGAAAAUCAGAUAAGAAAAAUACGGUCAUUAAAAUUGUCUCAUAAUGAUGAUCAUGACAAUCGACCAACUCAACCAUUGAAUGGACGUAAAAUAACCCUUUACACUGUUUUAUUUUUUUGAUAAUAAUCACUGAAAAGUAUAUAAGGCUGUUUGCUUAUUAGUUAAAUGAAUAUGUUACUUAUUAGUUAUGUAAGAGUACAAGUAUAAAAGAAAAAAAAAAUUCAUAUAAUGAUGUAAUUAACAUCUAUAAAUUAGUUGCAUUGUCUUUGUGUUUUUCUAUAAGUUAAGCUCAACAUCUAGCACAUUGAAUGAAUCAUUGUACUUGUAAAAAAAACCUCGAGUACACUUCUUUUUUUUAAUUCGAUUUCAAUCUAGGUAAUUGGCAUAUUCUAUAGUACAUCAACAUAUCUACGUAUAAAAAUUGUUACGCAAUUUUUUUUUUUAUUUUUUCAUCACGCGUUAUUCAUGGCUAUUUAUUCAUUAAAACAUCAAGGUGACUUUACCAAACUAAUGAAAUUAAAUUGUUUGUGUAUUUAUAAAUUUUUUUGUUUUUCUUAUUUUUUAUAAAAAUAAACUUGAGGCUCAAUGUCAAAUGACAUGAAUGAAAAUUUAUGAUAAAAAAAUAAAUCAACACAUCUCAUCAUAACAAAUUAAAUAUCAAGGCAUACAAUUUUUUUUUUUUCAUAUAUUAUGCACUUAUAUACAAUUAAAUACUUAAUUUUAUUUCAAUCUGUAAAUUUUAAAUCAGCUGACUCAAUUGAAAUAUAUAAAAAAAAAACGAUAACGAAAGUAACGACCAUACUGUUAAAGAAUUUCGUUACGGU